AUGGAGCAGGGCGGGGGUGGAUUUCAUGUCGGGGACCUGAACCAGGACGUGGAGUUGCAGUGCAACACCUCAGAGCAGCAGGUGACCUGGAAGCUGAACGAUGAGGAGAAGCCCAUGGUAGAGCUUGAGGCCAAGGGAAAAGCUCUCAGAAUCCUGGGCCUGGACCUGCCAGCUGCUGGCAACUACAGCUGCUGGGCUGGCUCCAUCCUGCUGGACUCCACCUACGUGGUGGUCAGGAACGCCUUCCCGCCAGGACAGCCGAGCAUCAACGUCUCGUGCCAGGCUGAGUCCUACCGUGGCUCCUUCCGCUGCUCCUGGAUGGCUCCUCCUUUCACCGUCUUCUGCGCCCGCCUCACACACAGUGACGGCUCCUCAGGCAGCUGGGUGCCGGUGCCCGGCCACCGCUCCCACUUCAACGUCAGCUUCUCCGACCCCUCGUUCUGCCCCUUUGCCGAGGAGCUGCACCCGCUGCAGCUGCAGCUGGAGGGGCUCUCGGACACCUCCUACCUCAACACCACGCACCCCUUCUUCAUCCGUGACAUCGUGCGGCCCGACCCGCCGCAGGCGCUGAAGCUGCAUCGCCGGAGCGGGCAGCUCUACCUGUCCUGGGCGCCCCCAGCCUCCUGGCCGCUGCCCAAGUCCUACUUCGCCCUCUCCUACCGGCUGCAGUACGAGUUCCCCAAUGGCACCCAGGUGCACGAGGAGCUGGAGGGUACGGAGGAGAGCGGGCUGCGCGCAGGCGCGUGGCGCGUGCGCAUCAGCUGCCGCGACCCCUACGGCAGCCCCCGCUGGAGCCCCUGGAGCGCCUGGCAGCACCUGGAGGCAGCCGGGCCACGGGGGCGCUGA